AUGGUUAAGGCGGACGUGCGGAGGGAUUAUUAUGCGGACCUGGGAUUGACGCCCAGUGCAGACGCUGAGGACAUCAAAAAGCAGUUCAGGAAAUUAGCCCUCAAGUACCAUCCCGAUCGCAAUCCAGGCCGCGAGCUUGAGUUCAACGCCAAGUUCCAGGCUAUCCAGGCGGCCCACGAAAUUCUCAGUGACCCCCAGCAGCGCCUUAAAUACGAUACAGACCGACUACGUGCUGGAUACGGCAAGCUCUACGGUCCAAACAAAGCCAAUACGGCUCGGAAAGCGCCUACAAACCCUUACGCCUCCGCAUCCACCGCGAAGCCUCAGACUCCUAAGCCGCCGUUUUCCAGUCGCCCGCAAUCUUUUCACAAUGGGCCCUCAACCGGCGCCCAGCGAUAUGCUAGCUACGCGAGAGCGGCUCCCAAGCAGCCGUGGGAGAAGACGCAGGAUGAAGGACAGACCAGGGCAGAUGCUUAUCGUGGGUUUCAGGAGAUGAAGGGGAACUCCACCCCUGGAUGGUCUCAUUUUGAUCCGCGUACUGGGCGAGCAGGAUAUACGGGGGCUGCCCGCCCGGAUGCCACACCUAACGGGCACCCCACUAGACCGAAGUCUGCAUACGAGUACUUCAAGACGUCCCCCAAAACCACAGCCAACGAGUCAUCCCGCACCCAGUCUACACGGAAGAAGCAAGGCUUUGCUCCCAGGACUGCUGGCGGGGAUGAACCCAUGGCUCCAAAUACCUCAUCCUACACCAGCGUACCUCGAAGGGAGCGCUUUCAGACGCCCGACAGCUUUCAAAGGGAAACUGCCCCCUCCCCAACGGCGGAGAGACCUGCGGCAACAUCCGGCUAUCGAGCUGAAAACACCAGGACUCCUGAUAUUGAGCGAACAGGCAGUAAGUACGCCGGUACCGGCGGCGAACGGACAUUUUUCUCCAGUUCCUGGCUGCGUUCUGAAAGUGUGCGCAAUUCACCCAAAAGCUCCCGCGCUCAAUCGCGGACGAACCCCCCAAGUCCGACUCCUCCUCCUACUGGGAGACACAAAAGCGCGAGUCCUAAGUUGCGUAGCGACAGAGGUCGAAACUAUGACUCCACGAGCUCAAGUGGCACUGAGAAUGAAUUUAUCUCUCGCAAACCAAAGGCGGUCCCCAAGAGCAGGCUACAAAAUCACAAAUAUGCCAAUUUUCGUUCUCAGACAGGUUCUACUCCUAUGGCGGAACCGGCCAAGCCAGCGUCGUCAGAAAAUAUUUUCGGUGCAUUCUCGUCAAACUCGUAUGAGACCUUCGCCUUGGCUAAAUUGUACUCUCAGGCUGACUUCUUCAACUGUAGGAACCCGGCGCCUAAUGAAGGCCAAGCACCACAGAAUGGAGCCUUCAAGAGUAGCAGCCACGACGAUUUACGCAAACCAUUUACUGCGGAUAGUUGGAAAGGCGAUUUUGGAUUUGGGUCAUUCACAUCGAGCACGGCAGAAAAUGGUCGAUCUGAGUUCAACCAUCGUCCGAAUAGUCGUGGACGAACCUCGACAAGAGCGAGUCCUUCAAGAGCAGGCCAGCCGGGACCUUUCAGCCAGGAUUCGUCUCGGUCGGCGUCUGUUUCGCAGCAACCGCCGACAGCGUUUCCCGAGGCCAAGUUCUCUGUGGACGAGUGGGCUGCCAAACUCAAGGAUGUGCAGUGGACUAUGCCUCAAAGCGAGGAAGCCUCUCAGUGGGCGAAUACUCAGCGCCAACGAAGCCCUAAGAAGCAGACCAAAUUUGGGAUCAAGAUGCGACCUACGCCACAACCUGCCAGUGUUGCGACAGAGGCGGAAGAGUCCCGGACGACUGUCGAAGGUAGCUCAAAACAGGAAGCGACUGGUACAGGGGCCGAGGAAGUGGAAGCCAUGGAUCUCGAUGAUGAUGUCCCCAGCAAAAACACUGAUGGUGGUUUUCAAACAGACAAAGCAUCCAAAGAUCAAGUCACUCAGCCGUCUUCAGGUGUUGACAGCAAAGACACCGGCGCCAGUUUUAAGUCUCGUCUAUUCAACCUGAAUGAUCUAAGCAGCACAGCGCCAUUUACCAACACAAAUAACGGCGGCAUUGAGGAUUUGCAGGAUAUCCAUGCGACGUUGCCCUUUGAGUCCCGCGCGAAGGCCCCGAGGACGACGGCACGGGAUGUUCGUCCUAGGAAGCUUAUCUGCCCCAAUCCGCCCAAAAGACCCACCCCACCGGAGCUUGUUCCCAUCAGCGCAGGGUCACAGCAACUCGGACUGCCCCGCGGCGCAUGGGACCGUUAUAUCGCGGAGAUGGGUGCCUACAUGCGCGAGUGGAAUGCUUUCAAUCGUCGGCUUCUGCGUCACUUCAAUGCACGCCAGGAUGCGAUGGAAACGGGAAUGGCCCCCAACUGGAUUGGCGCUGUUGGAGAUUCCACACGUAUUAAGAUCAACGAGCCGAGUGGCGAGGAUGAUGAAAAAGCGACUCGUGAAGACGAUGAUGACGCUGAGAGCGACGAUGCUAUGGUCGCCGGGAGCGCCAAAGCAGGAUUCAGUGCUUAUUUGCGUGCAUUUGACGAGGAUGGAAGAGUGCACAAACAUUGGGAAGUCGCUCGUGAAAACCAUCGCAAAUGCAUUGUGCAGCUCGGGGAGAUGCGGGAAUGGAUCUUGAAUGGAGGAAAACUGAUUUAG